ACCUGCCAAACUACCUCUUAUAUUAAGCUUACUCUUUCCAAUUUUUCGCCAAAGGCGACGGCAAACGCAAACACAGAAACAAAGAAAAAACAGAUUUCCAAGGAGAGAGAAAAAAGGAAGAAAAAAAAUGGGGUGGAGGAAAUUCGAUCCAUGGCCAGUUUUCUUCAAGAGAGAAUGGAAUCGCAACUGGCCAUUUCUCACUGGUUUCGCCAUUACUGGUUUCAUCAUCACCAAACUCUCUCUUGGUCUAACUGAGGAGGAUGCCAAGAACUCGCCGUUUGUUCAAAGGCACAGAAGGCAAUAGAGGUGUGGCUGAUGUAUUUUCUGCUUCAAUGGAAGCCUUUUUUUGGCUGAUGAAUAACAAAAGUGCUUCUCUACUGAACUUCUGCUGAUGGUUGUUUUUUCUUGAUGAGGAACUGCUGAUUUGUUAAAUGUAUACUCACUUGAUUGUCUAUUUUUUUGGUGUGGGUAAUGUACUGCCGAAGCUGUUAUGUGUCUUCCGAUUUGUGGAAAUUCGAAAUAGAAUAAUCCCACAUUAAUAAAUCCACUCAGAUAUUGCUAUA